AUGGGGGAUACAUCUAUUUCUAUUUCUUCUGUUGAUGAGAAUGAUAAAGGCAACAGCAAUGGUAAUGGCAAUGAGAAGGAAGCGUUAGCAGGGAAACGAACGCAUGAUGACAGGCCUACGAAGUUCACUCGUUGUCGGACGGGGUGUUUGCGGUGUAGGACUAGGAGGAGAAAGUGUGACGUUUUUACCGAAGAAUACCUUCACCGUUGCGGAGGGGGGGCUGUGCACGAGUACGAAUACGAAGUCGAUAGGGACCGGAGAGAAGGUGGUGCGAAGACAAGAGCGUUCGAGGAAGGGACAGUGGAGUUUGUGAAUGAAGAUCCAACGGUGGGUGGGGGUGAUGUUGUAGAUGAUGAUAGUUUAAGUGAUUACGCGAGGGCCUCAGGAGAUGAGACUGUGAUGGCUCCAUCUAGACUUAGUUCUGAGGCUGAUAAUGGUGAUGGCCUGCAUGGCUCUCCUGACAUGCCCACUUCAUUGUUCGGCAAUGCGGCCUUCAGCGACAGGGACAAAUCUGCCGUUCAUGGGCUUCUUGCAUUGGGGACAGGCGAUGGUGUCAAUAACCAUAGGGGUGCUCCAGAUGAAGGAUGUGAGAAGACGAGUUCUGAACUUGUCUCGUCGGAGUUAGUGCCUAGGACUCCUGUCGUGCUGAAGCACGCCCCUGGUGUAGUGGGUGCUUCCGAGGGGCUGCCUUCGACCAUAAGUGCCAAUUCAUUGACAGAUACGGCAAAGCUGAAGCUUUUAUGUCAUUAUCGCUACCAUGUAGCACCAUGGUGGAGCUUAAGUCUGACGGAUUGCUUGCAGCUUGAUGUUUGCGAUCUCAGUCAUCCAUUCGGAAUCACUGCUGUUCAGAUGGCACUCAGCUCGGAACCGCUCAUGACAGCUCUGCUGGAUCUCUCCAAUGCUUGCGUUAUCCAGAAGGACAUGAGGCAUCGGCGAAUGCCUCGUUAUAGCCAUGCAGAUCUGUGCACCAAUCCACUGUGGUCAAACUCUAGCUCCACGUUCACUGUCGAAAAUGCUUUGACGACGGUGCUAGAAGAGACAAGAUGGCUUGUCGCCGAUAUCGCUCAGACCUGGAAGAACGUACAGAACUUCAAAUCUCGGAAGUUCGAGUCAUUGGCUCAUCAAGCACUGGAUUCGGGUAUCGCAUCCUCUAUCUACUGGAUGUUCUUCCGCUUAGGUUCGUUUCACAAGUCGUCCACAUAUGGAUGCGCCAUUCUGACUGAACCAGACCUGAGUGCAGCGCUCGCAAACGACAGACCAAUCCAGAUACAACUUCCGAUGUUCCCAGUACCUAGUUUACUAAUCUUGUCGAGCAUAGAGGAGGUCCGGCAAAGGACUCGAGCGUAUGCCCACGUCCUCCUCUGGCUAUGUGGAAAAGCUUUGCGAGUAUAUCACCAGCAGGCCAGCUCCGACCAAUUUGCAGCUCCACAGCAGCAGCUGGAUAGCUGGCUCGAUGUAUUUGACGCGAUUGAGCAGUGGUACCAUCUGCGGCCACACGAAUUCCAACCGAUGGUGGAUUUGGGUAUUGAUGAUCAACUCUCCCGGGCCGAAAGUGGCUUUCCGCUGCUACUGUUUGCAAACGGGACGGGUGCCUUUAGCAAUCAGUUGUAUCAUACUGCCAUGCUGCUUUUGCUGCAGUGUAAGCCACGCACAGCGCUAUUAGGGUUGCAAUCAAUAACUCUGUCGCCGCUGUGGCAUUCGCAGCGUAUCUGUGGCAUUGCACUGAAUAAUGACCGGCGGGAAUCCUGGGACCCCUGCCUGAUAGCCUCAUUCCUGGUGGCUGCCAGAAGAAUGACACAUGAAUCCCAGCAACAGGAAAUCUUGGAAGGCUUUGAACGCGUGCGUAAUAUCACGGGGUGGGAUUUGGGUGAUUAUAUGACGCAACUUCGAGAGGAUUGGUCAUUCCUGGAUGGUUUCUAG